CUUCCGGGUUCAAUUUUUGAGGGGAAUCGUUGCUUUUUUUUUGCAAAUUUUCUUUACGUUUUUGCUGAAUUAGUGGCGAGCAGACUCCUGAACAUGCUUCUAGUGUUAGCAGACGAGCAUAAGGAGCAUCUAGGCUUCUUGAAUGAAGUCGAGGUGGAAGUUGUGAAAGAGUUCUGUAGAAUAGCCAUGGAGUUCAUCCGGUCUGGACCAAACCCCAAACUCUACCAGUCAGCAGCACAAAAACUUGGAGUUGCAUCAGAAACAGUACAGCAUGGAGUAGAAGGACUGAUGUUCUUACUGACAGAGUCAGCUAGGUACAUGAUUUCAGAGAUAGAUUUCCAGGACUCCAUCAUGACGCUGGGGUUCAGUGAUGACCUGCGCUCGGUGCUGCUGCAGCUGUACUUGAGUAACCGUGGGGAGAUCAGGACUGUUCUGUCUGAGAUGAGCAUGGACCUGCCACACUAUCACAACCUGGAGUGGAGGCUCGAGGUCACGGUUGCUGGUAGGACUCUGAGACACCAGGUUACCCCCAGGCUUAUGAUGAAACUGCACACCCAGGACUCAGGUGAGAAGGAUGUCCAGGUGCUGCAGACAGACCCUGUCAACCUGCUGCACCUCACACAGGUGCUAGAGGGCGCUCUUUCGGAGAUGAAGUCCACCCACUGCAGACGGAUCGUCAGGAACAUAAAAUAAUAAAGUCUACAUCUAUGCUAACAAUAAGCUAAGCUAGCUACACUGUGACAUUGGUAUUUUCUAGCCGACACUCACACAUUGAACUGUAUGAUAACAAAAUAAAAUUUCCAAUGUAAAGAAUAUUGUCUUUUCUGGUUUUGACAGAUAAACAUAAUGUAAGUAAUAGGUAAGAAUUUGUCUACAAUAACAUUUCCCAUCAAAACAAGCAGAAAAGGAUUUCACAGAAACACAGAUUGUCAGGAACAUAAGUCUGCAGCUCAUGCAUUUAUUACAGAUCUCUCUAAUGAUUGUUAAAGUGAUCAGUGCUAAUUUUCAGGUACAUGAAUGUGCUUUUCUAAUUUUAGAGGCUUGAUGGUUUCAAUGUUAAGCCCUUAAUAAAGUCAUGAAAACACAGAAGUGAUUGUUCGAAUUGUUCACUGCAAUGGAUGGAUGGUAGCUCUUUAUUUGUGUAUAUGAGAACGCAUUUUGAUUUGUUCACAGAUUUACCAAUCUAGAUAUAAUAUCAGAUUGUUCUUGAUGAUACCACAAGCCUUUUUGUGGUAGAAGCCGUAGGUAUUUUAAUG